CAAAUUGGAUUCCGAAGCUCAACCGAGACACGUUCACCUGUCACUUGCCAUACAAAAAGCAGUCUGUGCGGGUGACGUGUAAACUAAUUUCCCACCCAUUCUCCUUUCUUUAUUCCCACACAUAUGCACCCACCCAACCCCCAUCCCAUAUCCUCUCUUGUAACCCUUCUUUCCCCACUCUAAACACAAACGCAAACACAUACAAAGCGAUCUUUCAACUUGCAUGGAACCGCAACAACCUACCCAAAUGCCUCUCCAAGUUUCUUCACAAUCCACUGACAGAAACCCUUCGCGGCCAUUAGAGGAUCCUAAACACCAUUAUCAUAUUCAUGUCCAAGACGGAACCCCAUCUCCCUUGAGGUUUCAUGAUGACAGUGAUUACAAAAACGACUGGCGGAGCACCUCCUCCACGUCGUCACCUAGACCCAGUACUCAGUCGAACAGCGAAGAAAAUGCAUUGCAAGGCUUGCCGUCGGUUUCGGUGCAUGUCGGAAAAGAACCCGGUACGUCGGAGGCUUCGCCGGAGGAUAGUGAACGUGAGAGGCUGAAGAGACAUAGACGCGAGGUUGCUGGAAGAGUGUGGAUUCCUGAUAUAUGGGGUCAGGAGGAACUAUUGAAGGAUUGGAUUGAUUGUGCUGCAUUUGAUGCUUCUUUGGUUCCUACUGGGAUUAUGUCUGCUCGAGCAGCUUUGGUUGAAGAAGGAAGAAGAGCAAACUCCGGCAGAUUAAGAAUAGUAAACAGGUGUUGAGUUUUUUUAUUAUUUAUUAUUAUUAUUAUUAUUUUAUGUUUAGAUUUUAAAAUGUCUCUCUCGGUUCGUACUAAAACAGAACCAUUAUGUGCAUCGAUGUGGCUGUCGUAUGAGAUAAUUCAUAAACAUUAAAUGCAUUAUAAUGAAUUUUGUUUCUUUUGUUA